CUACUUUUAUUAACAUUUUUAACCUCGACUAUACUACAUUAAAAAUAUGACUAACGUACUACACUUUGUUAAAGUAUACAUUUAUAUAGAUUACUUUAUUAUUUACUAGCAAGCAAAACAACAUUAUUACUGCACUUUACGAUAGUAAUGAACGCUACAGUAUUUUUAAUGCGAGUUUGAUCUGCUUAAGUUAACCAGGUUAUAUUGAAGGACACUGAAAAGCAAACAUUAGCGACUUCAUUAUCUUUUCCCAAACAGUGUUGACGAAUGACGUCACUGCGCGUGAACGUGAACGGGCUUUUAACCAUGCGCUGAAAGCACAACUCGUUUCCUCAAUCACCCGUUACCAGUUAAACACCUCCGGAGUUAAUGAAAGUAGGUACAUACGUUUUUGAUUAGAGGAAAACGCAGCAGUUUGAAGAUUACCUUGAGAGGCGCGCGGCUGCUAGAAAGAAGUUUUCAUUGAACAGCAUGAAACCAUCUAAAAGCGCAUUAGAUUUUAUUGACCUGAGCUUUCUGUCAGCGGAGGAAGAGGCAGCGAUCCGACAAGUGCUGUUGCGAGAUGAGGAUUUAAAAAGACUUGAGACGGGACGAGUCAGGAAACUAAGGCAGUCAGUCCCUGAUCUCAGUCAGCUCAAGAUCUUGACAGGUGAGUGGUUCGAGGAGCUCAGUGCCAAGCGAUACGGCCAACGAACCGAUGUCACAGCGGUAGUGAGGUCCUCCAUGAGAUGGAAGAAAACAGCAGCCCAUAAAUUCAAUCCUUUCCUGAAGAAUGUAGAAGAGGAGAAGAUAGAAGGUGAAAAUGGGACGUGUACCGCACCUCCAACUGCGUCUGCUGACCCUAGAUUAAUUCAUCCAGCUCUUACAAAAGAGAACUAUCACCAAUAUACUGAUGAGGACUUUAUGGACGACGGUCCGGCUGAUAAAAGCUCAUUAGAAAAAUUAAAGGCUUCAAAUGGUCACAAACCUACAUUCAAUAACACUGACCCAAAAGCACAACCCAAAAGCUCUUUAGAUCACAGACCUGCCCUCAAUGACACAGAGCCAAGAAACAACUCAACAGAAACUCAACCCAAAGACUUCUCUGGUGACAGAACAACAGGCGGUGUUCAAUGGUCAAAUGCAGUUCAAAUGCAACCUGAGACUAAAUCUGAAAGAAGUGCCACAAAAGAUGCAACAAAUGCUGAGCGACGGAGAAAGAUUUCCCUUCCACCUGCGCUAAAGAAAGACCAAUCAUUUGAAGAAAACUGGGUGAAGAUCUCCCUAGAGGCAAACCCAGUUAAACCUAUACAGGAUGAAAGCAGUACUGUUGAACCUAAACUGAAAGAGGAAAAUACACACGGUGAGAACGCAAAGACACAGAUGAAGAAGGACAUAUCAGAUCAAAAGAAAGUAGAUGGGAUUAAUGUUGAUUUUGAGUCUUCAUCUUUAAAUUCUGCAGAUCAAACAACAUUAAAAACAGUAUCUGAGAAAAUUCCUCCAGUUAAGCCUAAACGCUUCAUCCAAGACGUUUCUUCAGAAAGAUCAAACAUCUCCAAACUUUUAGGUUCAAAAGAAGUUACUUAUUCAACUAAUGCUUCAAAAGGCAGCACAGAUGGAAAUCAACAAAAUUUGAUAAAAGUUUUACAUAGAGUGUCAGAGACAGAUAAGCCGUUUUUCUCAAACUCAGCUAGUAGUGGUGAAGUGGUCUCCAGAGAUGAGGCAAAUGACAAGGCAAGUUUAGACAGGAAGGGAGGCGAGCGAAAAUAUGUAAACACUGGCAUGCUUGCCAAGGCGGAUACAGAUCAGCUAUCAAAGCAUGUAAGUGGCGAAAAACACAUGGAUAGGUGUUCCAAUACUGAUGAACCAUCCCAAAAAUGGGAAAUUAAAAUGGAAUCACACAAAAUUCCUUCUGACCCUAUGCAUCAUAAAGAUGACUUCCAGCAAGUUGAGACCAGAAUAAAGGGAACAUCUAACAUCCACACUGAGCUGAUACCAAAUCAGAAAAUAUCUGUAAAUGUGGUGGAACCACAUGCAUGUGUGAUAAAGAAAGAUGAUGCCUGUGAAGAUAGAGAAAAAGUAAAGUCAUCAAGUGAUCUGAACCGACCACAACUAAGCAAACACCAUCUUUCUAUGACAGAUGAUGGAAAAUUAGCACGCGGUGGAAAUGUUAACACUAAAUUUACUGAAAACCCAACGGAUGACAAGCAUAGGCCGAGUGAUGUUUUGGGAAAGCUAAGCAAAGACUCUCUUUCCAUGACAGAUGAUGGAAAGUUAGUUCACGGUGAAGAUGUUACAUUGCAUGUCGGCUCUAAACAAAAUGACAACGCAGCUUUUACGCCAGUUCAUCCAGCUAAAACUUACAAAUCAUCAUCUGAAGACAUUGCCGGACCACUUACUGUAACAGAACCCACGCGUGGUUCUUCAGAAAUGAAAGAUGUGGAGGGAUACAAAGACACAAACCAGAGUAAAGAGUCAAAUAUUCUACUAAAUGUUCUUGCAAGAGCCCAAAAGGCAAGACCACCUGUUUUGCAGAAGAUCACAGCUGAGGACAGAGACAAUAAACUUCCCACAAUAGUGAUUUUGCCAUCUGAAUCUCCUGGUGCGAAAGAAAUGGAAGGAAACAGGCAUGAAGCAUUUGUUUUGGAGGCUUCGGGUGAGGGAUCUAAAAUGCCCUCCUUCACUGCAGAUGCUUGGGAGGAUGAAGGGGUGAACUCGGAUGAUGACAGCUCACUGUCCAGCUAUGGGUCAGAUCUGUCUAGCAAAAAAGGUCAUUCCUCAAGUGGAUUGUCUGUUAAUCGCACCGGCAGUUUGAUGAGCGUGUACAGUGAGGCGGGGGACUUUGGGAAUGUCCAUGUGCAAGGCUCUGUAGAGUUUGCAAUGAUGUACAGCCCUAUCGGAGAGCUAAUCAUAAUGAUUGAACAAUGUCAGGAUCUGGCUAUUGCCAAUAUCCGCAAACAACGCACAGACCCUUACGUGAAGACGUACCUCUAUCCAGACAAGUUACACCGCAGCAAAAGGAAAACCUCAAUCAAGAAACGCACCACGAGCCCAGUAUACGUCGAAUCUCUGAGAUACAAAGUGACGCGUGAGGAGCUAUCGGGAAAGACUUUGAACCUGUCUGUGUGGCACAAUGACUCCAGGGGUAGAAAUGUCUUUCUGGGACAGGUGGAGAUCGAUUUAAAGACCUGGGACUGGGAACAGCAGGCCCUUACGUGGUACACCCUACAGCCCAAGACUUCAGAAAAUCCAGACUCACAACAGUCUCAUGGAUCAUUAUCAGUUUCGCUGAAAUAUGUUCCUCCAGAGCCCACGGGUGGAUCGAACAACAGCUCAGGGGAAAUUCACGUCUGGCUGCGAGAAGCAAAAGAAUUACGUCGCCUGAAGCCUCAGGGAGUCGAUUCUUUUGUUAAAUGCUACAUUUUACCAGACACCAGAAAGAAAAGUCGUCAGAAGACUCGUGUGAUAAAAAAGACGCAGGAUCCUGUUUAUAAUCACACUAUGGUGUAUGACGGGUUUAAAGCAGGCGAGGUCAUCGAGGCCUGCUGUGAGUUAACCGUGUGGGAUCACAACGCCCUAUCCAAUCAGUUUCUCGGAGGUGUACGCCUCAGUCUCGGAACAGGGCAGAGCUACGGCAAGAAAGUUGACUGGAUGGAUUCAAUGAACGAGGAAGUUCAAAUAUGGAAAAGAAUGUUGGCCAAUCCAAACAGCUGGGUUGAGGAAGAACUCCCUCUGAGGUCCACCAUGACCCCAAGAAAAUGAGAUGCUUAAAGUUCAUCUGUGGUCUUGUACAUAUUUGGUUUUGGAAGGGAUAAACAGUUUGCGGUUGUCAGUACCAAACAUCUUCAAUUUUUGCAGCAAGAAUAUCACACAAACAUGUUGAACAUUUAUGAUUAUCACCAAAUACUAGCUAUUCAUAAAUUAAUUAAAAGUAUUAAUUGACUGAAAACCUAAUUAUAUAAAAAUGACCCACAUGUGCACAAAUUGAUAUAACGUAUGCAAUAUAAGUAAUUUAUGUUUAUAAAAAAAAGAUAAAAUAAAUAACAUUUGAUUAA